AUUAGGCUCUGCGUGGUUAAAAUUCAGCUAGAACUGCUGCAUUAUGUUGAAUUGGGGCUGGUAGAAAGCCCCGCACUCAGACUGGGAACAGUGACCUGCAAAACCCCACUGAAAAGUCACGGCCCGAAGCAGGUGCCGACAAAACGCGUUGAGAAGUUGGGACGUUCCGAACAGCUGUGGUGGCCCAUAUAUUUCAAGACAUUACGCAGGUGUUGUCUGUUACACCGAUUUGUAACAGUUAUGUGCAAACUAAAUCAAAAUAAAUGUAUAUUUAAUUCAGAUUAUAGACUAAGUGAAAUGCAAAUGUAAAUAGCAUCCCUAAGUAGAAGGGAAGUUGACUUAUCUUGUUUCAAGAAACAUAAGUUCACUUGCCCUCUACUGUCAUUGUUCUGGAUGACUGAGGAUCUACGACAACGUCAAACCAUCCUGUAGAUGCUAUUUUAUUUUUUAAAGGUUUUAUUUUAACAGCAACACGCUGCCUCGCGGAGCGAAAACGGCGACAAAGGAAGUACUCAGCAGGGAAACCUCUUGACAAAUUUCCAAGACGGGACAAGCCUCGCCCACGUUGAAACUUCCCACCAAUCAGGGGACGCGUUGGAGAUUUUGCGCAUGCGUAUGGUUUAGGCGCGGGAGAUCACGAAAACAAAACAACACCGAUGACGGCUGACGGAUUUUUAUACAUUAUUGCCUUGAAUUAAAGUGUUGUUUCCACAGAAGAACUGAAGUAGAGUUUGCAUUUAAAGGAGACUCUGAUCGUCCAGCGACAGCAUGGCGGAAGAGUUCAGCGAGUCCCUCACUCCACCGGUUUCCCCCUUUGCAGCAGACAGUCAGUGUGAUCUGGCGGCCGCUCGACCCCCCUGCUUCUGCUGCUUAGAAGCUAUAGAUGACCCCACUGGAGCUCUGUCCUCUGAGGGAUAUCUAGGUCGAGGUUCCCUCAAACGGUUGCUGCUGCGUCUCGACCCGGCCCCUGCUGAGUUUGAGACGGACACCGUGGAGAUUUUCGGCUUCCCCUGGGUUACAGAAACGGCGCUGGUGGAAUCCACCAAGUUGCUCUUUGGGCUGUUUAGGCAAACCUUUUACAAGUUGGAGACUUUGGUCCAGUCGAGCUCACAUGACUUUGGACAAGCGGGGAAUCUGCAUUAUGAAUCGGAGGACCUUCGGCAGCAGUGCGUCUCUUUUCUUCAGUAUGUUAAAGUCUUUUUGCACAGGUACCUGGAACCGUCGCUGGAUGCGGCUCCCUCGCAUCCCUACGCGCAGCUGGAGCACCGGUUGCCCUCUGCCCUCCUGGAGGAGCUGUUCGGCAUCACUCUCCUCACCGGGCGACUUAAAGACCUGCCUGCAGGUGUUCAGAGUGCCUUCAGUAUGCAGAACCGUGGAAAGAUUUGUCCUCCCUCCUGGCAUUUGCUGCACCUCCAUCUCGACAUUCACUGGUCGGUCCUGGAAAUCCUGCACAUGCUGGGUCACAAGAUGCAAAGCCAGGUGGUCUACGCCCACCAGUUUGUCGACCUGACGGGGGAGAACCUGACCGAUACCAGUCUGUUUGAGGAGCACCUGUGCUCGCUGCUGUGCGACCUGACAGGUCUGGCCAUGGGCAAAUACAGCAAGGUGAGACCCACAGAGACGCUGAGUAGCGAUCCUUUCUCCUGCCUCUGCACCAAAGAGCUCUGGGUCCUGCUCAUGUACCUCCUGGAGCACCGGAAAAAGGUUCUGGGCACAGAGUCCUUUUGGAGCUACGUGAACUCCUUGCUGCGGCCUUUGGUUGCAGGGCAGCCCCCGCCCGAGCAAUUCGCCGGCCUCCCGACACACUGCAAAGACCCGCUGGGAUUCACGUGGUGGCUCCUCACCCACUUGGCCACGUUGGGCCAGUACAGUCGCAGCGGCACGGUCCAGAACGAGAAGCAUUUCGAGGAUAACUGGACAUUUGUCGAGGGCUUGCUUAAGAUAACUUGCAACCCCAAGGGCGGUCUUACAGAGGAGCAGGUCAGGAUGCACGUGCACUGUUGUCUGAGUCUGUCUCUGCUGUGGGAGCCGAGCACGGCCGCUGUGUCCACCCUCUGGGAGUACUACAGCAGGAACCUGAACGCCUCGUUCACGGUGCCGUGGCUGGGAGUGUCGGGCCUGGGCUCCCUGUGCAAGACGCCUCUGGCUUUGUUGGAGCAGGCGCGCAGCUGCUGCUCCCCCUCCGGCUUGCGCUCUCCGGGUCACACCCAGCUCUACCGCUCCGCCAACUCCUUCAACAUCUUCCUUCGAGUGCUGGCCCUGUGCCUCGGCCAGGACGGGGCCGGCGGCGUCCCGCAGAGGCAGAUCAAGGGGAGGAUCUACUCCAAGUUCUCCUCCAGGAAGAUGCAGGAGCUGUCGGAAGGAGGCCUCAUGAACUUCCUGCUCCUGUUCCUGGUGGUGGCCCGGCAGGUGGAGCUGGAGGACGUGGCCAGCCGGGCCUGCGAGCUGCUGGGCUUCUUGCCCUCCAACUGCCCCCCCGCACACCGCGCCCUAGUCUGGAGGGGGCAGUUGUCGCUGCUGUUGCUUUUUCAGGAGCGAGGUCUGGACGGCGGCGCCCAGGCCGGCUGGCUGGCUUCCUCCUUUAACGAGACGGCCAAGGAGUUCUACAACAAGACCACGGAGGCGUCGCGCAGACUCGCCCUCUGGGGGCCCCUCGGCUCCUACCUGGAAGGAGUGGCCGAGGUGUUCGAGACCAGCUCCAGCCUCGGCCUGUCGGAGGAGCAGCUGCUCAGCGAAGGCUUCGACUGGUUGCUGCCGGCCUGCCGUCAGUCCGAGCUGAACUCGGUCCUCGGCUUCCUGCAGGUCGUGCUGGCACAGCUCAGGCGGGUCCAUCAGCGCAGUGUCCAGUCGGCGCCCGCCCCGGCCUGGGCCCCGGCUGCAGCCAGCGCGAUUAAGGAGCGCCACCUGGCGGUGGCUUCUGCUCUGUGGGCGCACUUCUUCCCCUUCCUGCGCAGCCUACGCCUCUCCCAGACGCCGCCAGCCCAGCUGGCAGACGCUGCUGCAGGUUUCACCUUGCUCGCCUUUGAUCUGCCCAGUUCUGCCCCCCAGGACCUGCAGCCCAACCCGGUCCAGUCCAUCAUGCACCUCUUUGGCUGGGACGAUAUGGUUCACCCGCUUCUGGUGACCCGCUACCUCCCCCACGUGCUGCAGAACAGUGAGCUGGUGGCGGCGCUAAGCGGCGGCGCGGGCCAAGGCCUGUCGGUGAGAGCCUGGAUCCGAUGCGUCCUGCAGCAACACCUCCACAGGAACCCGGACGGGACGGAAAGCAAAACGGCCCGGGCCGUGGGGGAGCAGCUGUGUGAACUGACCCGUCUCAUCCUGAGGCUCCCUGAGGUGGACGGGAUCCUGCAAAGAGCUGGACUUCCUUCCACCACAGCCGCCUCGCUGGAGCCCACUGCAGCCCUGGAGACGUUUGUCAAGGCUGUGGGCGGCGUUUACAGUGGACUGCAGCUGCUGUCGGAGCGGUCGGCCAUGGUUACCAGAGCCCUCGACUACAUUGGAGACAUCCUGAAGUCUGUGAAACCUUACGUUGUCAGCAAGAAUCAGGGGGGGAUGCAGCUGGCAUACUGGACCGUGGGCUGCAUAGUGAAGCACUGGAGCCCCCUGCUGGCCACUUCAAAAGCUCAGCAGCUGCUGUUUCGGAUUGUGGACGGCCUGCUUCUUCCCCCCAAACUCCCGCAGCAAGACAAGGCUCUGAGGGACAGCUUACCUCUUUACCUGCAGGGUCUGUCGGUGGCCUCCAGCGUAUCUCAGUCUCAGGGCGCUGGUCUCAAGCAGCAGCUCCGCUCUGUCACCCGGAGAUACCUGGACCAUUUUCUUCCCGCCUCCUCCUCCCUGGGCAUCGUCGCCAACCACCCGGUGCUGCUCGCCGCCUGCGAGGCCGCCCCCACGGUGAGGGGGGCCGCCCUGAGGAGGACCAUAGUGGAGGUGCUUUGCGAGAGUUUCCUGCAGUUCAAAAGCCACGCCCCUCCUCCUCGCCUCGCGUCCGUCUUGAUGUUCCUGUUGGAGCUUUUGAGACGAAACGGCGACACAGACCUCUCCCUGCUCACCCUGCCCCUCCCCGCUCUGCUGCGCUGCUUGAUGCUGGUCAAUGAGCCAACGGUGAGGAAGACGAGCACCGAGGCCCUGCAGCUUGUGGUGGAGCGAUGUGCCGCCGCGUCCACACAGAGGCCGUGCGAGCCCGUGGUCGCCGCCUUACGGUCGUUUGUGGAGGAGAACAUGGGGCUCUACGACCGGCAGGUGUACGGCGUCCUGGAGACUGUAGCCGUCUUGGAUCCCUCUGUGGUUCAAGCUCUCACUCCCAGCCUGACUCUCAGUCUGAGAAACGCUGAACACAAAAGGGGAAUGGGCAAGAACAUCGCCCUGAGGAGCGCGUACACGAAGCUGCUGUCUCUGCUGGGAGAGAGUGGGCAGGCUGAAAUAAGCAGUCUGGAGGACGACUAAGAGGGUUUCCUGAUAGAUGGACAAAGCAGAUCAUUUUGGUUCAAAACCAGACCGACCCACCAACGUCUGACCAACCUUUAGUCCGUUUACGGUAACUGGUCGGUUGUCUUAAGAGGCACUAUAAGUGGAGUCUGAUCAGUUUUAAAUGCAUAAGCCUAGGAUGACAGUUGUACAUAAUGCACAUAUUGUAAAUGAUGUACAGCUUUACAUUUUGACAAUAAAUCCUCACCUCCUGCUAUGCC